AUGCACGAACUAGCAGCGUAUGCCAAACCGCAAGAGUCCAAGAUGAAGUACCAGUACUUGGGACAAUCCGGACUCAAGGUCUCUCAGAUCAUCCUGGGAGCCAUGUCCUACGACGAGGAGCAAGCAUUGCCUCUACUCAAAUAUGCCUACGACCGCGGCAUCAAUACUUGGGAUACUGCAGACGUUUACUCUAACGGCCGCAGCGAAGAAAUCAUCGGCAAGGCAAUCACAGAAUACAAAAUUCCUCGCCAUCGCCUCGUGCUGCUGACAAAAUGCUACUUUGGCGUCACCGACGACGACAACAAUGUUCACCAACCCACGAUUCCUGAAAUGAUGACCAAUGACGGGGACUUGGUGAACCGCGUGGGAUUAUCGAGAAAGCAUAUCUUUGAUGCAGUGGAAGCUAGUGUGAAGAGAUUGGGUACUUAUAUCGAUGUAUUGCAAAUCCACAGGCUGGACAGAGGAGCCCCGAAAAAGGAAAUCAUGAAGGCGUUGAACGAUGUCGUUGAAAAGGGCUGGGUGCGCUAUAUCGGUGCUUCUUCAAUGGCAGCUUGGGAAUUCCAACAACUGCAGAACAUUGCAGAAACAAACAACUACCACAAAUUCAUCAGCAUGCAAAACUACCACAACCUCCUCUACCGCGAAGAAGAGCGCGAGAUGAUACCCUAUUGCAAAGCCACCGGCGUGGGCUUGAUCCCUUGGUCCCCCAUGGCCCGCGGCAUCCUCGCCCGCCCUUGGUCCUCUCGCACAUCAACUCGCGAGUCCUCUGACAACACACUCAAAGCUUUGAUCCGCAACAAAGAAACCUCCGCCGACGAAAAGAUUGUCAAGAAAGUUGAGGAAAUGGCAGAGAGAAAAGGGAUAAGUAUGGCGGGUGUGGCGGUGGGGUGGAGUGUCGCCAAAGGCGAUAUCCCGAUUUUGGGGUUGAGCAGCAAAGAGAGGAUUGAUGAGGCGUGUGCGAAUUGUAGGGUGGAGUUGAGUCAAAGGGAGAUUGCCGAGUUGGAGGAGUUGUACGUGCCUAAGGCUGUUAGUGGGUUCUAG